AAAUAAAAAAUGUCUUGUAAAAUUCUAUCAAUAUUUUUUCUCUUGGUUUGGAAGAAUUUUCAAAAGCAAAAGAGUAAUAAGCUAGUUUUACUUCUGUCGUUAGUCCUGCCUGUGCUUUUUUCUUUAUUUUUUUUGUUUAUUCGCCUAUCAAACGAUAAACAAACUACAAGCAAUUCAAGCAAAGCGGAUUCCAAUGAGCUGGAGCUGACUUGGAGUUCGCUUCUCGAUAAAAUUAAUGGACGCCGAGCAGAGAUGGUGAAGAAGCAGAAAAAUUUUGAAAGGAAUGUCUUCAUACCGCAAAUAAAGGUGGCAUAUGCUCCCAGUUCAACGGCUGGCAUACAAAAACUCAUGGCAUCCGCCUUGACAAAACUUUCCAUCCCGAAAGAUAAGAUAGUUGAAUUUGAAAAUUGCAAUGACUUGCGAACCCACGCUUCCUCCGAACAUUUUUUAGCAAGUGUCUGCUUCCGCAAUGUGGAUGAGGCAAGAAAUGGUUUGCCAUCAGUAUUGGAUUUCGCGAUAAGGAUGCCAUCGGAGCUCCGAAGCUAUGAAGCCACUUGGAUUGGUGACAGCUGGAAGGAACUGCCUUCCUUUGCCAAUCACAAGAGUUCCGGGGAGGAAAAAGGCGAGGAUGGUGGCGACACGGAUUAUUUACGCGAGGGUUUCGUUGCACUUCAGUAUCAUAUUUGUGCAGAAUAUCUGCAGACAGCUUCAAAAACUGACAAACUCCCAAAGGUUUCUCUGCGGCCGCUAAAUGCGGAUUCUAAAACCAAUGCACUUUUCUCCAAUGAAGUAACCACUUCGGGAAUUUUGCUGAUUCUUCUGGGAUUUAUGUUUCCUGUUUCUGUGCUUAUAAAGUUGAUUGUGGAGGAACGCGAGCUUGGACAACGUCGUCUUUUGGAGUCCAACAACGCCAGUGUUGCAGUGCAAAUUUUGGCCUGGAUGUUUAAUGUUUUUUGCCAGCUGCUCAUGGCAUCCAUUCUCAUCACUUUUAUAUUCAAGAUCGAGUGGAACGGAAUGGUGGCAUUUUUUAACAAUUGUCCUUGGCAGAUAUUGCUCCUUUUUCUAGUGUCGUAUGUGUUCUCGGUAACAGGAUUUGUCGUUUUCAUGUCAUCACUCAUAAGCUCAACCAAAAACGCCCUCUUCAUGGCUCCGAUCUUAUGGCUUCUUGUUCCACUGCCUUUUAUAUCGGAGGAAGAAGUAAUGUCGCAAAUUCCCCAUGUAUUCUACUCGGUGGCCACAAUAGUUCUUUGCAAUGUGUCCGUAAGUCGAGGACUUAGGAAGUUGUUUUACAUGGAGGAUCAUCCUAUGCAAGGACCGUUCACCAAAUUCUUGAUGUCCAAAGUCACCGAAUCCGAUUAUGGACUACUUUUCCCAAUCGGAUGCUUCUAUGUGCAGGCAUUAUUUUGCUUUCUUUUCGCCCUGAUCCUGGAAAAUGAUGUCUGGUCAUGGUUGGCCGAUCUUUACAAGAAAUCUUGCCGAGCUUGUCGGCGAACCAGACUGUUCUUCAGUAAAAUCCAAAAAGAGGAGCGUAAAUCGGGUGUUGAACAAAGCACCAAAACCAUGGAGGAAACGCAAGCCUCUAUUUACAUUCAUAAUGUUUGGAAGAGGCUAUCGAACAGAUUUGCGGUUGAAAAUGUUACGGUGACUGUGUAUCCCGGAGAGGUGGUGGCUCUGCUGGGCAAGAAUGCCUCCGGAAAGAAGACACUUCUGCGAUUGGUCAAGGGACUGACCAGGCCGAACAGUGGAGAAGUCUUUGUGUCCGGCUUCAAUGUGCAAGCCGACAAAAUGAAAGCCAUUAAGUUUUCCGGAAUGUCCAUGUCAUCGAAACCAGAGUUUUCCGAGUUCACAGUGUACGAAUAUCUAACAUUUUUGUGCCAGUUGCGCGGUCUCGGAAAAUCGGAGGCCAAAGAUGAGGUGAAAUCGUAUCUUCGCUUCUUGAAAAUCGAGGAGUCGCAGAAGACGCAAGUCUAUGAACUUAGCAAAGGACAGAAACUGGUCGUACGAACUCUGGGUGCCUUCGUGGGGAAGACCACCAUCAUUGUCCUCAACAAACCCUUCGAUGGCGUCGACGAUGCGAAGGCCAGAUUGCUCUUCAGCUUCAUCCAGAAGCAGAAAAGCGGUCGCAGUAUUUUCUACAGCACCAGCAGUUCGAGAGUUGCAGGCGCCUUUGCCGAUCGCAUCGCCAUUUUCUCGGAUGGAAAGAUCCUGUCAAUUGGCACAAAGAAAACUUUGUGCAGGAAAUUCAACGAUUCCUAUCGACUGACCCUUUUUGGCAAAGAAAAGUGCGAUUUCAAGGAGGUGCAUUUGUUUUUACAAAACUAUAUUGCUAAUAUCGAGUUGGAUUCAGUUUUGGGCGAUUCUGCAGUUUUCCUAGUUAAUAAUAAAAAUCAACAAGAACUGGGCGACUUGCUGGAGAACUUGACAAAAUUCAAAGAGGACUUAAAUGUAUUCAGUUUUCAACUUGAGGAGUGCAGCUUUCAACAAGUUGUGGAUAAAAUGUUUUCCCAAGAGCAAUCAAAAUCAAAUAUUGAUGAUCUAGAAUUUCGCAAGUUGCCCAUAAAAAAUCGUUCUAAAUGUAGAUUUUUCAAAUUGUCGCAUUUUCGGGCUGUCAUUCGCCUGCGAUUGAUCGCGGAUAUUAGAAUCAGUUUCUUGGCACUUUUAAAGUUCAUUUUGCCCGCAUUGGUGGCCAUCUGGGCACUUAGCAUGCCAUACUUUUGGGACAACAGCCAGCCACCAGGAAAUGUGGUUUUCCCCAUUCCGGAUCACGGCGAUAGAAUCAUUCUAAUCCAACAAAAGUCGCCGAGCGGUUCAGUUUUGAAGGCUGCCAAGGAGUACGCUGAAAUGGGAGCCACGGAGGUGAAAUCCAACAUGGAAAUCUCGAAAUACAUCCGGCAAUAUAUUCUCGAUCAGAACGUGUUACUGGAUAUGGAUUUUCUGGCGGCUGCCAUAUUUUUCGAUGGCGAGGUCACUGCUCUUUUCAACAACAAAUGGCAUCACGCUGCACCCGAAAGUUUGGCUCUGGUAAUGCAUUCUUUGGCAAUUGGCUUGAUUGGUUCUGAGUCGGGAAUCAAAGUGGAAUUGGAUCCCUUGCCUUUCUCAACAGUUCACACCUUGCAAUUGCAUCUGAAUGCCAAUGGAGUCAACUUGAUGUUCGUUAUCUGUUUGAGCUUUAGUUUCUGUUUUAUUUGGAGCAUCCCACUCCUCUAUAUGUCUCUGCAUCGGGACAGUCGUUAUAAUUACAUAGAGUUGAUUGCUGGAAUCCGGCUGGGCGUAUUGAUCCUGGCUUUUUUGGUCUACGAUUUGGUUUUUGUACUACUCGCGCUUCUCCCCUUGCUCAUAGUCUUUACAUUACUUCAGUGGGACGUACUAAUGGAUGCUCAUAUAUUUCUUCUGUACACCUAUGUGCUGUUCGUCGUCGCCUUCUGCGUGCUGAGCUUAAACAUACUCAUCUCCAUCGGAUUCUCGGAGCUACGAUAUGGAUAUCUGGUGGUGCUUCUGUUCUACUCGUUUGGCAUUGUGAUCUAUAUGGCCGUGCACCAGUUGCAGCCCGUUGUGGAUCCCGAAAUGCUCCUCCUUCUAUUCCUGGACUUUCAUCCGUUCUAUGCCCUGUCGCAUAAUCUAAUGCGCAUCCUCGGUUUAUCCCAGAAAACGUGGCUGUGCAGUGAUAAGGGUAUUUACGAGACCAGUGUUUAUGCAGAAAAGUGCAAGAGAGUUCCAAAUUGCUGUGAUUCCAGUGGCCAGGAGUUCCAUUAUUUACUAUACCUGUGCUGUGUAUAUCUUCUUUCCGUCGUGGUUUGGAUCUCCAUUCUCAUCCUCCUCAAAACCCAAUUGGCGAAGGGCAGGUCCCGCCAAGGAAAAUAUGUUUGGGAAAAUGAUCCAGAUUGCAAAUACGACCAGAACCUUUUGCACAUAACUCAGCCCAACGAACUCGAAAACACCUGGAUACUGGAAAAGUCGCGUGUUCGAACUCUGGAACGGAGUUACAUAAAGAGCAAAGUUCUGCACGUGGAACACUUGAGCGUCUCCUUCGGUGUGAAGAGGGCACUGAAACAUGUUGAUUUCAUGAUGAAUCGCUAUCAGGUUUUGAGCAUAUUUGGAGCAAAUGGCACUGGAAAGACUGUUCUAUUGGAAACAAUUCUCGGAAUUCACAGCCCAAACGCAGGAAGAAUAAUUGGCCCGAACAAAGUUCCCUUCAAGUCGGGCAGUUUGGAGUCCUGCACUCUGAUCGGUUACAGUGCUCAGGAAUUGAAAUCGUUUCAGUACUUGACGGUGAUGGAGAGUAUUAAGUUGAUACUGCGAGUUCAGAGCUCGAGCAGAGGAAAACGUUUGAAGAGGAAUGCCAACAAGUUGUGCAAAGCGUUGGGCUUAUACGAAGACCGGUUCAACUUGCUUUCGAUUUGCAGUCAGGGAAUCCUGAAGCGACUCAGCAUUGGAAUUGCUCUAAUGAGCAACGCGGAUCUCAUUUUGCUGGACGAUCCCUUCACCGCACUGGACGUGGUGUCCCAGCGGAGUAUGCUCCAUUUGAUACACAAUCUGUGCAGAAAGGGAAACUCGGUGAUAUAUACUUGCACCGAUCCCGAGUUCUCCUCGUCGGCACUGCGAAUGGCUGUCAUAAGUCAUCCUGGCAUCGCGGCCAUCGGAGAACGCCAGGAAAUACAGCGGAACUACUAUUCCUCCUACUUUAUGAUCGAAACCAGAAUUCACAUGCCCGAAUGGACUUCUCCAGUUCACCUUGAUUCGGAUGAUGAGAAGGGGAACAGAAUAGAGAAAGUGCACAAACUGAAGCCGCAACCGCACUCGAAUCAAGAACUCUAUACUGAGGAGGAAUUCAAAUACCUAAGGAUUUGUGGCCUUAUUGAAAGAAUAUUUCCCCAUGCCAUUAUUAAGAAUGUCGACUUUCCGAUGGCCUGUUUUUGGUUAUCUAGUAAUAUGUACUCCCUUAAGCAAAUUGUCCGAACACUUUAUGCCAACAAACAACAUUUCUACUCAUAUUCCAUUUCGCAGCCGACCGUAAGCUCCAUAUUUCUAACCAUUAGUACCCAGAAAACUCCCAGGGAGACAUUAUCCUAUGAUGUUGUUAAGUAAGGCAAAUAAAAAACCAAUAAACAACUCUAAUUGGUUGUUUA